CAGGCUAUUCUUUCCUUCUUCUUUUUUUUUAUUGUCAUCAUGUCGUUAUUAGGUCGUGCAUGGACACAGUUGAAUUCAACACCUUUAAAGAGCAUUUCUGUCCAUAAUGCUCGUCCCAUGAUCACACCUUGUUUAAAGAAUACCACAGAGCUCAAUCAAGUACGUUGGGCCACAAAGAAAUCGGGUGGUUCUUCCCGUAACGGUAGAGAUUCAGCUGGUAGACGAUUGGGUGUCAAGAAAUUUGGUGGACAAGAAGUGAUUCCUGGUAACAUUAUUGUUCGUCAAAGAGGCACUAAAUUCCAUGCUGGUGACAAUGUGGGCAUGGGUAAAGAUCAUACACUAUAUGCACUUGAAUCUGGAUUUGUUCAUUUUUACAAAGAUCCACAACAUCCUAAACGUCGAUUAGUCGGUAUUGUUUAUGAACGUGAUGCCACCCUUCCUAUUCCUUUUGAUCAACCUAAGCCUAGAAGAUUUGAUUUGGUGGAUUUAACUAGUUUGUAAAUAAAU